GUUAAAUGUUGGGCUCCUGCAUUGUUGUAGUUGGGUGGGUUAGCCGAUCGACCCUGUCGUCAAUUUCCAGAAUAUAGGAAAGUUGAAUGCGACGACUGAUUGCAAGCCGCAAGCGCUUAAACGGACCACCUGGGAAAACUUAAUUGAAUAUGUUGGGUCUACAGCGAUUCGCAGGCAGCAUUGUCACACAUCUGUAUCGACGCGCCACCUACACUAGCAAUGCACGUGCGGCAAGCGCAGCGAUUGCAGCGCCGGCCAGCAAUGGACAAAACUCGUCAGAUGACGCUGACCCUCGUGCGCCGACAGCGGAAGGAAGUGUUAAGAAGUCGAAGAGCUCUGGUCAAAUGGUUGCUGCUGCAUUCGAGUCACUACGAAAUGAGAACGAUCCGACUGCAAAAUCUUCUGCAACCGCCAUAAGCAACAUCGACGAGCGUAUUGUUAAUGCCAAGACGGUGAAUGGUCUAUUGGCGAUAACAGAGAACAAUAAUUCCUUUUCACGCAAGCAUGCCUUGAAGAUUGUCUCAAUUUUGGCCGAAUGGAGCACCAUCAAUCGCGUCAAGAUCUCGGAGUUUGAGAAUGACACGCGAUUCUUACGCGUCUGUCGGAUGCUCGGCCGCACUGCAUUACCCAAAAAUGGAGCAAACGGAAAAAAUGGUAGCCUGGCUGGAGUUGGUAAUAACAAUAAACGCAUUUCUGGCUUUCGCACUGAUGACUUGAACACGGUGCUUGGCGUGGCUGGCGACGAUGAAGCGGCCAAGUUGAUUGCUAGCAUAAGUCUACCGCAGAUGGUUAAAGUGAUGAGCACUUUGGCGCAACGCAAACGUCGCAGCACUCCACUCCUACGGUCUUUAGCUUUUAAUAUCAGCAGCGCUUCGGAUCAACUGGAUCUGAAGCAAUCGGCUGAUGUGCUGUACGCCAUGUCGAUGCUUAAUUUCCAGGACUCUGUGCUCGGUGCAAAAGUUUGUGCUGAUGUACAAGCCGAGCUGCCAAAGAAUUCUGAAAAAUCAGCGGUUGUUGGCUCUAUAUUAACCAGUCUGGGAAUUAUGCGCUAUCGCGAUUUGGAUAUUUUGGAAUCGUUAACGCAGUGGCUUCUGAAGAACACUGAAAUUUGUCGACCUCAAGAUCUCAGCGCAUACUUCUUAACAGCGGCGUUACUCAAUUUUAAAAGUGGACAAUUGGAGGAUGUGCGCAAGAAGCUGUCCAAAUCAAUAGUACGGGAGGACUUCACAAAGCAAUCAGAUUGGUUGAAUUACGUUUGGUCGCUGACGAUGUUGGGAAUCGUGGAGGAUAGUCACCUCGAAUCAGUGCUGAGCACGGAUUUCCUAACUAAAUUGCAAAGUGACAAGGCCGGCUUAAGUCCAACAUCCAAAAUGAGGCUAUUAAAUCUAAACAGUUAUGCGCAAUUGUGUGCGUCGGACUACAAGGGCGCGUUGCUACCAGCUGACAGUCCUGCCUACCAAGUACCUAUGGCUCACACGAAGUCCAAGCAAGUUCUUGUCAACGGUAUGCUCGAUGCGCUAAAGAGCUUGCUGCCUGCCAGUAAUCAUGUCCUUGGCUCAGUAGAUAGCAAAAUGGGCUUCAUAAUUGAUGCUACAUGUCAAUUUGACGCACAAAAGAAUGCUCUUCCUCUGGAUAAAAGUAAUCAAGAUGCAAUAAGAGUUGCCUUGAUGGUGGUUGAUUUUCAUGAUAUUUGUCAUGGAACACACCGAAGUGCCAGUGGCAUUACGAAUCUGGCAAUGGAUUUGUUAGAGAAGAGUGGAUACCAAGUUAUACCCGUGCCGUACAAUGAGUUUAGCACCAGUGACAAAUUACUGAAACGCGUUCAGUACUUGGAAGCGAAAUUUAAGGAUGUUCUUAGUAGAAAAUAAUUUCAAUUAUCGUUUUAUCGUUUUGUCAAAAUUUGAAUUGUUUGAUUAAAUAUAAUUAGGCGCAGAAUUAAAGUAAACUAUUCAAAUGGA